AGAAACUUUACAACUUUGAACAAAAAAAAAAGAUUAACUUUUUAAACAAUUGUUUUAUUUGCUUACUACAGAAAGGAAACAAAAAGCCGUUACCAAAAACUUUACGGGUCCAUCAUGGACAAAGAGUUCGUUUAGAAGUGUUUUAUUUUAGAAUUUAAACUUAGUGGUUAAUUACAGGAGCUAAGCUAAGUCAAAUAACUUUACACCGGUGUUUUUUUUAAAGCUCCGAUAAAAAACAAGCAUUAGCUCUAAAAUGUUCGCUUGUUGCUACUGGACUGUUCGCUAGAAGGCUUUAGGGUUUUCCCCACGACUUCUGUUGAAUUGUUCCGGCCCUGUCCUGUUCUGGGCCCAAUCCUGGGUCUGGUCUGGCUAUGCUCCUGUUGCAACAGCUGCUCUCUCCUGUCAUUUAACCUCCUUCCUCCUCCUGUCACCUCCCUAUGGCUCACUGCGGAGGAGUCCCCACUCCAGAGCUCGGAGCUAAGAAGACUCCAGACAGUGGUGUGGACCAGAGCAUGAAGCCGGUGCUCUUUGAGAUCUACGGGGAGAUCUGGACCGUGGAGUCCCGGCUGGGACAGGGAGUCUCGGCCUCCGUUUACCGGGUCAGCUCCGGGAGAGCCACCAUCGCCGCCGUCAAAGAAUUCCAGGCCGACACCCAGGGAGGAGACUACGGUUAUCACAAGGAGAGGAGCGUCCUGGAGGAGAUACAGGGACACAAGAACAUCGUGACAUUGUAUGGCGUCUUCACCAACCACAGCCACGCGGGUGUGCCCACUCGCUGCCUGCUGCUGGAACUGUUGGACGUCAGUGUCUCAGAUCUGUUGGUCCGAGGCAGCGGUGGCGGUCAGAGCGGCCGAUCUCAGCAGGGUCACUCCAUGUGGCUGGUCCAGCAUUGUGCCAGAGACAUCCUAGAGGCUCUGUCCUUUCUUCACAAAGAGGGUUACGUCCAUGCCGACCUCAAACCACGGAACAUCCUGUGGAGCGCCGACGACGAGUGUUUCAAACUCAUUGACUUCGGACUCAGCUUCAAAGAGGGAAACCAGGAUGUGAAGUACAUCCAAACGGAUGGGUAUCGAGCUCCAGAGGCGGAGCUUCAGAACAGCCUCGCACAGGCCGGAGUGGAGAUGGAGGGAGAGUCGGGCUGCACGUCUGCUGUAGACCUGUGGAGCCUCGGCAUUAUCCUGCUGGAGAUGUUCUCAGGAAUCAAACUCAAAGACACCCUCCGCUCACAGGAGUGGAAGGACAACACCGCUGCCAUCGUCGACCACAUCUUCACAAACAACAGUCUGGUUUGUCCUGCCAUUCCAGUCUAUCACCUAAGAGACCUUAUCAAAAGCAUGCUCCUCGUCAACCCAAAGCAAAGAUGUUCAGCUGAAGCAGCUCUGCUCAGUCCUUUCUUCAGCAUUCCCUUUGCCCCUCACAUUGAGGACCUGGUUCUUCUUCCCUCUCCUGUUCUUCGUCUGUUGAACCUGAUUGACGACAGUCAUCUGCACAAUGAAGAGGAGUAUGAAGACAUUCUGGAGGACAUGAAAGAGGAAUGUCAGAAGUACGGUUCUGUGGUUUCUCUGCUCAUUCCAAAGGAGAACCCUGGGAAAGGACAGGUCUUCGUGGAGUACGUGAACUCCAGUGACUCCAAAGAGGCCCAGAGGCUGCUGACGGGUCGGACCUUUGACGGGAAGUUGGUGGUGGCGACCUUCUACCCCCUGAGUGCUUACAAGAGAGGCUACCUGUACCAGACGGUCCAGUGAGCUGUUGGAGACCUGCUUAUUCUCAUCAUCAGAUAAUUCAGGAGGACAGCUGCUCAGAACUAGAACACCACUGUCACAUGUUCUGAAGCAUCCAGCUGCAGUUUUGUCAACCCUCUGCAUGUUCCACCCUCUGGAGGUUUGUCUGAAGGACUAAGGCUGGAGGUCAGCCUUGACAAGAAGAGGGAGAAGAAGAAGAAACUUGGAUCGAUUUAAAUUAUUCUGUUGCUGCUGCUACUGUUGCUGCUGCUACUGUUGUUGCUGCUGCUGCUGCUGCUUCUUCUUCAGCUGGACUUUGUACAAGUUUGAGGUGUGAAAAUUAAGAAUUGACCUGAGAGAAUUUAGGAAAAGUUAGGAGAGUUGUCAUCAUCAUCAUCAUCAUCAUCAUUAAGAAGAAGAUGGUGUUGAUGAAAAUGAUGAUGAUGACGAAGAUGAUGAUGUGAACCAAAGUGCGUUAUUUACAGUCUUAUUUAUUCCGUUAGCUCAGACUACAGUGACAUUUACAGGCACAGGGAGGCGACAGCAGUUAAAGGAUUUAUAACGAACAUGUUUCAUCCAUGUUUAUCUGUAAACAUGUUAUAGAAGAGUCCCUGGCAUCAGUAGUAUUUUUCAAAUCUUCUUUAAAAGGGAGUUGUGUGAUUGGACACUAAGCUACACUGUGUGAUUGACAGGUCCAACGUCCAAUAGGCUUCUGGCUGCUGAGACUCACCUGGUAUUUUACAGAUGUCCACUGCUCAUACACAGUCCUGCAUUAUAGAGUGAAUUUAUUACUGAUGCUAACUGUUAGCAUCGCUGCUCUCAAAAACAAGAGUUCUGGAGAAUAAGCACAAAGUUCAGCAGCAUAGAAGAAACAAGAACAGGAACUGUUUUUGUUUAAGAAGGUAUUUAAGAAACCAAAUCUGUUGAAGUAGUUUGGAGUUGAACACUUUUGGUAAUAGUGGUGGAAGUAUGAAUAGUUCCUGGUACUGUCUGCGGUGCUGGUACUGUAUUGGUUGUGGGUAAGGUUCCUAUUUACUCAGAAUGCUCAGA